AUGGCUGGAUGUCAUUCACUAAUUAAAGUAUUUGAAUUCAACUAAGGAAUGAUCAAAUUAAUUUAAACUUUUAAUUAACAUAAGGAUUAGGUGACUACUUUAAACUUCAUGCAGAUAUCUAAAUAGUUUAUAUCAGGAAGUUGUGAUAAAUCGAUAAUAAUAUGGAAAUAGAAUUAAAAUAAUUUAUGGAGUUAUUAAUAAAUAUUAAAUGAACAUAAUGAUAUUAUCUAAUGUUUAAUAAUAAAUACUAAUGAAGAUUUGAUAAUAUCAGGAAGUGAUGAUUGUACUAUUAAAUUUUGGAUAAAUAAGAAUGAAUGGUUCUGUUAAUAAACAAUAAAUGAUCAUUCUAAAAAAGUAUUUGGAUUAAGCUUUAAUUAAUAAUAAAAUAGAGUUGUAUCAUGUGGAUAUGAUUAAUAUAUAUUAAUAAUAGAAUAAUCAGAAUAGAAUAAAGAAUGGAAAGUAAUAUAAAAGAUUAUUGAUAAUUAUGGAUAUCGAAUAUGCUUUAUUGAUAAUAAUAUGUUCACAUUUUCACCAAAAAGUUAAGAAUAGAUAUCUGUUUAUGAGAUGAAUAAUAACAAUAAAUAAUUUACCAAAACUAGAGAUAUUCCGAUAAAAAGUGGAUCAGACAUCAAUGAAAGAUUUCCUUUGUAAUAUAUUAAUUAAAAAAGUAUUCUUGUAAGUAAGAAUGGAUAAUAUGUUAAUUUGAUUAGGAAAAAAUAAAAUGGAGAGUUUUUAAUUGAAUAAUCUAUUCAUUUUGGAAUUAAUUCUUUAUAUGGAACAAUGAGUAAUGACGGAGAGUAUUUGAUCACAUGGGAUAAUAAAUCAAAGUAAAUACAAACCAGGAGAUAUAAAGAAUAAUGA